UUUUCAUAUUUAAGUUAAAUAGUAAAUUAAACAUUUAAAGUUAAGACAUAAUAAGAAAAGCCAUUUAAAGUUGGAAUUAAAUGAACACAUGUGAACACCAACCUCGCUCUCUAUAGAAAGCCUUCAAAAACCUAUUAUAAAUACACACCUCUCAAACUCUCUCCCUUUAACUCUUAAGUUUUUCUUUCUUCUUUCUCUGCUCUCAAAGUUCAAGAGAACUCUAUCCUUAUUAACUUGCAACGAUAACUAAAACCGGUGUAAUCGUGAUAUAUAUAUAGCGGAAGAUGGGCGGUCCGGGAUCAUCGCCAUGUGCUUCGUGUAAGCUUCUUCGACGACGAUGUGCAAAAGAUUGCAUCUUCGCACCUUAUUUUCCUCCUGACGAUCCUCACAAAUUCGCCAUUGUUCAUAAGGUCUUCGGCGCCAGCAACGUUAGCAAAAUGUUGCAGGAGCUACCGGUUCAUCAAAGAGCUGACGCGGUGAAUAGUCUGGUUUUCGAAGCAAACGCACGAGUUAGAGAUCCGGUAUACGGAUGCGUAGGAGCAAUCUCCUACUUACAAAACCAAGUCUCGCAGCUUCAGAUGCAACUAGCAGUGGCUCAAGCCGAGAUUCUCUGCAUUCAGAUGCAAAAUGAGCCAACCUUACAGUCUCAUCAUCAAGUUCUUGAACUAGACCAAGACCACAAGGCUCUCUUGCUAAACAACAACAACAUCAAUAACUGCAACACCAACAACAACAACAACAACAAUAACAACUUGGGUUAUGCCAUGUCUUCUGGCCAGUUCAACUCUAACUUUGCAUCUCCAAGUAGCAUAAUGCAAAUGCAGAUGCAAAUGCAAAUGCAAGACCCUCUUAAGCAAGAGUCUCUUUGGACUUAAUGUAAUAAUAAUAAUAAUAAUUAAUUUUCGACAAGUUUGCUACUUAGCUUGGUUAUGUUGAAAAAGAGAAUAUGGGGACAGGUUUCGUGUAAGGGAAGUAGUAUAAGUCAAAGCUUAAAUGCAUGCAUGUGAUGGUGAUGAGAUGUAGUUUAGAAGCUUUAGAACUAGAGAUCUGUUUAUUUUUUCCUUUU